GUAUUUUGGGGGAUCACACUCUCAAACAUCUUUUAUUAUUAUUAUUUUUUUGUUUUUUUUUUUAAAUUAUUGUUAUAAUCUUUUUUAGUUUUCCAAAAAAUUUUAACAAAGUGGGAUUCAAUUGGUAGGAUUCAAUUAAAGGCUGCGCCUUCUUUUCUUCUCCACCCUCGUUGGCUCAAACACCAAAUCCAGAUGGCGUUGCAGACAGGUGUUCAAACCUCCAAAAUAUUAAUUCUGAUGGGCGCAGGUUUGACUGGUUCAAUCGUUUUGAGGAGUGGGCGUUUAUCUGAACUCAUUUCCCAGCUUCAGGAAUUGCUAAAAGGCGUCGAUGAAGUCCAGUUCUCACCUUAUAAGUACGACCGCACCCUUCUUGCUGCUCAGAUUAAACAAUUGGCGCAAGAGCUCAAGGAUUUGACAAUGUCCAAUCCUGUUACCAUACUUAAUGGGAAUUCAGACUCUGGCGGGGGCAUUGCUUCUUAUCUUGUGCCAGCUGCUGCACUUGGAGCGUUAGGAUAUUGUUACAUGCGGUGGAAGGGCUUGUCAUUUUCUGAUGUGAUGUUUGUGACUAAGCAAAAUAUGGCAGAUGCUGUUGCAGCAGUGUCAAAACAGUUAGAUAAUGUAUCCGAAACAUUAAAUUCAACAAAGAGACAUCUAUCCAAGAGGUUGGAAAGCUUGGACUGGAAAGUGGAGGAGCAGAAGGAAACAUCUCAGCUCAUUGCUAAUAAUGUUGAUGAUAUGAAGUCAAACCUUUCUGAAAUUGGUUAUAAUGUGGAAAUGAUUCAUCAAAUGGUAGCUGGAUUGGAAGGAAAAAUUGAGCUUCUUGAAAACAAACAGGAUGUGGCUAAUUCAGGUCUUUGGUAUCUGUGCCAAUUUGCUGAAGGAGUUAAAGAUGGGUUCAAUACUAAGCUUUUUGAGGAUGUUGGUGCAAAGCUUGCAAUUGAUUCAGCUGUGAAAUUUGAGGAGAAAUCAGUCAAGGGACUCCAAUUCCUUGCUGAAACCAAUGAGUCAUCCGUGAGUCCGAAACCAACAGUAAACUCUGAGGAAAAUGAUGCACAAUCCCCUGUCAAAAAAGUCCCUAUCAUGAAAACAAAGGUACUCAGAUCGUAUCCGGUUGGAAUUUCCUGGGCCAGGGAUAUCAUAGGGAGUGAUAGAUAAUUUCAUGUUUCCUUCCCCAUAUGAUCAAUUUGUGAAUUAGACUUUCCCAUUUAUUUGAUCAUGAUUCAUGAGCAAUGAAGCAUUGUUCUUGGAAUUUACAUACAUGCUGUAAUUUUUGUAUUUUGUAUUUUGCAUCUCCUGUUUUCUUGGAGGGUGAGAGUAAAUGCCAGAGUGAUUGCAUUCUGUCAUAGACGGUUAAAAGGUUUUCCAAUUUUAUUAGAUGUACAAAAAUAAGUUUGGAUGAUGUUGUUGGUAUUGAUAACAUCAUAAAAUUCAGAUCAAGCAGUUUCACUGCAGCAUCUUGAUUCUUUAGGGAUGAUUUUUCAUGUUGGCAUGAUCUAUAACUAGAUCAUCCUUUGUACAUUUUUCUUGUUUUAGUUGAUGAGACAUUUUGCUUGUUUUUUCAUUUAUUUGAGAAAGGGGAUUUGAACUUGUUAUUUGAGUAGAAAAUCAUGUACCAACCAUUGAGCUAGAUGUUCCUACGAUAUUUUGCUUAUUAUUUGAAAACCAAGAAGUCCUUAUUUUCCAGUCUUUGGGGGUCUCUUUCCUUUCUUGUUGUCCAAUCCUCUUAUCUUAAUUCUUAACUAUGGAUGUUCUAUUUCCAAGCAGCAAAAAUAAUAUUUAUAUGUUUCAUAAGAAAAGUGUGGAUGUGGAAAUGAAACGCUGUUGUUUUGUACUUAGUUGAUACUUCAGUGGAACAAAUAAAAGAAAAGGUGAUUUCUUUAUUAGAUGUACACUGUCUAUCACCUUGUGCCUGUGGCCUUUUAUCCUGCAGCGACAUUUUCACUCAUCUAGUCUUUAUUAGAGAAUCGAUCUGUAUUAAAAAAUAAGCCUACCAGAAGGAGGACAUAUUCGUAUCACCAAUCUAGGUUCUCAAUAGGUUGAUCUUGGAAUAUAUCGUAGCCAUGGAAGAAUCUUGG